UUAUUUAAUGAAUUUAAAACUAAAAGGUUUGACUUGGAAAAUGAGUACAAAAUGAGUAUGACCGUGCACCGUGAAAUGUGGAUAUAUUGCCCAGCUUACCUUUAGGCUGGGACGUAGAAACAGUGCAGUUGAUUUGUGUCCUGGAGCAAAUAUUCUAGGAAAGAGUGCAUUUAGAAUAAGCUUUGCUUCUUAGCUAACUUAAGUACCGUGGUUCUCCAAUCCUGUAAUAAGUGUGCUGACACUGAGCUGGAGUACACACUGAAAUCAGUCAAGAAGAUUUAUUUGGUGUGAGCAUGGUUGUUCCUUUGAUGAACCUUCAUAUCAAAUCUCUAGGAGCAAGUCAUACAGUUGCUGGUAUAAUAGGAUCUCUCUAUGGUAUAAUGCAACUAUUUUCCAGCACAUUUGUGGGCUGCUGGAGUGAUAUAGUAGGAAGACGGUAUUCCCUGCUUGCUUGUAUUCUUCUCAGUGCUCUGGGUUACUUCGUUCUUGGAGCAUCCACCACUGUGUUCCUGUUUGCCAUUUCUAGGGUGCCUGUAGGUAUCUUCAAACACACACUCUCAAUCUCUAAAGCUCUCCUUUCCGACUUGGUUUCUGAGCGAGACCGCCCUUUAGUGAUGGGACGCUUCAAUGCAGCCUCCAGUGUGGGCUUCAUUCUGGGGCCUGUUGUUGGCGGCUACCUGACAGAGCUGAAAGAUGGCUUUUAUCAAACAUCCUUCCUCUGUGCCUGUAUCUUCCUUCUGAAUGCUGGUCUUGUCUGGAUGUUACCCUGGAGUGAAGAAAACACUGGCAAUAGGGAAUGUCAACAAGGAAAAAAAGGAACAGACAGCUUCUCAGCAAAGGCAAAUCAUGACCUGCACUUGAAAUCGGCAACUAAUGGAGCCGUGGCAAGCAACAGUCUUUUCCAGUCUCCAUGGAUCCAAGUUACAGCAGUGCUGAAGAGGAUUAAAGGAAUCGCGUGCUCUGAUCUGUGGGAUAUAUUUUUAGUGCGGUUGCUGAUGUCUGUUGCUAUACUGCUGUACUACAGUAAUUUUAGCCUGGCCUUGGAGGAGAGAUUUGGGCUGAAACCCUUGUUUGCUGGAUACCUAAUGAGCUAUAGCAGUGCACUUGGAGUCCUGGCUGGUUGUCUGCUCGGACCAAUAACAAGACUCUAUCAGCACAAUACAUACAGAAUUUUGUUGCACUCUAGCACUCUUACCUGCACAUUGAUUCUCCUGUAUGCUUCAGCACGGAGCAUAUGGUUGGUCAUUUUGUCUUCCACAUUCUUAGCCUUUUCAACUACUAUAGGUCGUACUUGUAUCAUUGAUCUUGAGUUGACCAUUGGUGGGAAUGAGGCCAGUGGUACGCUCCUAGGUGUUGGACAGUCGGUGACAUCAGUGGGACGUAUACUUGCCCCACUCCUUUCUGGAAUUGCUCAGGAGUUCAGUCCCUGUGGCCCUCCAAGUCUAGGGGUUGGACUAGCUUUAGCAGCUAUUUUGAUAAUGAAUGCAAACAAACAAAAAUACUGUAGCCAUGGAAAUGUGAAGUUAAAAAAUCAGUAGUUGCAAAUUUGGAUUGCAUAGAUGUACCUCAAAGGAGAAGCAAAGUGAAUCAACCUGAGGUGGUGCUUAACACUUGCCAGACUUGUACAAUAGUAACAGGAUCUUUUAAGAGGGCACAUUAAGUGCUUACAAAUAUUUCUGCUGCAGGAAUGUUAAAUCUAGACAAAUGUUAUUCUAACUGGUACCACUACAACACUUGUGAGGGGGACAGGUGUUGCUGUAUUGUACUGGCUGGGAUUUUUUUACAGAUUUUUAACCUUUUUGGAGGGAAAAAAGGAAUGACAUGAAAUAACACAAAUCCUGCUUGUAGCUCACAUUUGGAACAGUGUUUAUAUUGAUAAUUGUUGGAAGACAGAAAUUGAUUCUGAUUAUUUACUUGAGAUUUUUUAUUAUUUAAUCAGAAGGAAAACUUGUAAUACAGCUCGUUAGCCUUAAUUUCUUAUGCUGUGGUCUGCUGCCAUUUGUCUGCCAUGACGGUAGCUUAAUUACCAGCAUGCUUGUUUAUGUGAUUUUAUUAAGCAUACUUUGUCUACAAAAUUUGCUGCUCAGCAGGAUUAGGCACUUUGGAGUGGCCAUCUGACUGUGCCGAUGCCUGCUCUUUCCCAGGUAACAGAGCUGGUUAUAUGCUAACUUUAUAUAUUAGAAGGCCUAAAAUGGAUAAUUUUAGAAUAAUACGGGGCCAUUCAGGCUGAAACUGAGACCAAAUGUAAGCUUUAUUGAAACUUGAAGUGGUGGUUUCUGUUUAGUAAUAACUUCUGCUGAACAAUUUUAUCAUCAAUUAUUUGUUAGUAUUUCCUGUGCAAUUUUUCUACCUUCAUUUUAAGAAUAAAUUUGCUAUGACUAUUAAAGGUGUACUGAAGCAACUAGCAGUAGUUUGUGGAACUAGAUGAAUGCAUUUUCUCAUAUCUCUGGAAGCAUAAGUGACAUUUCAGUGACAAGAGAAAAACUGGUAUAAUUGUUGGUAUUAUGGUCUUCAUUCGUCUACACCACUGAACUAAUGAGAGGUUACUCUCAGAACUAUACAAUGAGUUGUGGCACUCUCCUGUGUUUAAUGUUCAAGCUCACAUUACUUACCAGUCACCACUGCUUGCAUUGCAUUUGAAACAUAAAAAAAAAUGUAUUUUGCACUGAUAACAUUCCAUAUGCUUUCCCUCCUAUUACUCAAUGAAAGUAUGAAGUCAACUAUGUGUAAUUUUGGGUUUGGUUUGUUGGGGUUUUUUUGUUAUUAAAAAUCAGUUAUGUCCUUAAAUGCAUCCAUGUAAAUAAUGUUGCUGCUUCAGAACAGUCAUAGAUGGUGUUUUGCAUUUUUUUUAUUUUUAUUUUCUUUACCUUUUCCAGUGCAUGUUAUUAUUUAAACUGUUGUUGAAACCUCAGUGAAACCAGUGGCAGAACCUUAGGGCUACAUUUAGAACUCUGAGUUGGUUUAAUUGUAUAUAUUGACAUAAUAAGUAUGCCUUAUUAAUGCUGUGAUUUUAGUACAUAUUCUCAGAGUUCCUCAUUAUGAUAACCUGUGUUUCAUUUCUCCCUAUGAAUGUGAGGCAUUUUCAAGUGUCUUAUUUCUUCUUGCUUGGUAGAUGCCCCAAGACAUUCUUUCCCUAAAUUUCCUAAUUUUUUUAUUUUUUUUUUUUUUUACCUAAACCCAUCUUUAUGUAAGUCAGGGACUUUUGUUUUGAAACUACAGAAGGGGCUAAAGGAGAAGGACAGGAAAAAAAAACCUCAAAAAAUAAUAUAUGUGAAAGAUUGAGUAAUUUUCCUUACACUUGUUGGUUAUGUGAGGUUUACAUUUACCCUUCUAAGUUGCUGCAGUGAUUAAAGCUGAAUUCUGUAAACACCAUAAAAUUCAGUUUAUAGUACCAUGUACAGCUGCCUGAAUAUUGCUUAUAAAAGCUUCAAAAACUCACUGGUUUUGUUUAUACAUAACUGAAAAAUGUGCUUUCCAUGAUCUGCAGAUAUUUUUGUUUUCUUUUGAAAAAAGUUCUCCAUAUAAGCUAGUUAAAAAAUGGAAUUAAAUAAUGAAAUUAAGAAAUCUAUGGAAGGCUGGUCUAAGGGAGAUGUUGCCACUGAUGUUACAGAAGUUUUUUCUUGUAGGCCAGAAUGAUUUCUGAAGUGCUGCAGAAACAUUUCUUCUUUGUUAAGCCUAAGUUACAGAGAAGUUGCACUACUUUCUUUCUCUUACAAUUUUUUUAAGGAAUAGAAAUAAAACAAAGGCAUUCCACAUCUAUAAUUUUGUCUCUGUUUGUUGUCCUGUCCUCUGUUCAAUCUACAGCACAAGUCGGUAUGAUAUGCAGGUGUUUUAUUUUUUUUUCUUCAAGCUGUUCCUUCAAAUGAUCAUUUGAAUCUGCCUGCUUUUCACAUAAAAGGCAUAGGAGUUAAGGAUUCAACCAAGAAGUGGUUUGACAGUAUAUGAAAAAGAAGUGAGAGAAAAUAGAGAACCCACCAGUUCUGAGACAGCAUACUUAAAACUACUGUUCUAGUGGCUGUUUGGAUCCCUUGUGCUGCCUCUUAGUUGCCAUAACUGUGCAAGUUCUGAGAGUGAUAAGUAAAUGACAUCCCUGGAGAUGAGAUGUGAUUUCCCCUUUUAAAUUGAGGGAGGAGCAGUUGCAACUAUUUUUGGCUACAGUCUAGUGGGUUUUAUUGAAUUGCUCAGCAGUUCCUUGAAUCCAGUUGUGGUAUCUGAAGACUAACAAAACAGAUCUGAAUAUGGACUAAAGAAAAAAGUUUCUAUCUGCAAAUCACUGCAAACAAAGGUUUUUCUCUUGCUUGCUGUUUCUGUUAAGUUUCGGAUUGGUUUUCUUGAGCUUGUUAGGGUUAUUUCUGCUUUUUACCUUUGGAAAUUUCCACUUUUUUAACAGUGACUACUUUUCUGACCUUUAUGAUCAACUGAUGUUAAAGAGGCUGUGAAUACAAUGUAAUAAUUUGUUUCUGUAAAACAGCUGGUAGCAUAUGAUAUGUACUGAUUUUGUUGCUUUUAAAUGAUUAAGCAAAUGUAAGGUUUAUUCGUGUUGAUGUAUGCUGCAUACAUUUGAAGAGAUCCUUUAUAAACACACCAAUUCUUGUCC